CAGUUGUCAGUGGACCUUUUAAAUGUGAUUUUCUACACAUUACACAAUGUAGAUUAUUUGUAAACAUCAAGUUAAAUUCAGAGACGCCCCACAGUCAUUGUGAGGGGCCCCUUUGUUUAUCUCAUGGAGGUGAAACGCCUUGUUGUGCAUCUUAUCUUGGAGGAGGUUCUGGGUGUGUCCAUGCUCUGUUUUGGCCAUAAAAACCCUCACGGUUUGGUUCCAUCACGACAGUAACCAAUACUCAGUCAAGAUGACUAGUCUCUCUGCAAAGGACAAGGACAGAGUCAGAGCUUUCUGGGCUAAGAUAGCUCCGAAGUCUGAGGACAUCGGGGCCGAAGCUCUGGCCAGGAUGCUGACGGUGUACCCGCAGACCAAGACUUACUUUGCUCACUGGAAGGACCAGAGCCCGACCUCUGCCUCUGCCAAGAAGCACGGAAUUACUGUGAUGAAUGGGAUUGGAGAUGCUGUGAGCAAAAUCGACGACCUGAAAGGAGGUCUUCUGACCCUCAGUGAGCUGCACGCCUUCACUCUGCGUGUGGACCCUGCCAACUUCAAGAUCAUCUCCCACUGCAUCCUUGUGGUCCUGGCCAUCAUGUAUCCCACCGACUUCACCCCUGAGGUCCAUGUGUCUUUGGACAAGUUCCUGGCUUGUCUGGCCCAGGCCCUGGCUGAGAAAUACCGAUAA